UCCGGAAAAGCCUCUUGUCCGGGUCCUGGGCCGCCCCAGCCUGCGAUGGCCUGAGGGGUGAGGGGACAGGCACCAGCCAAGGCCCGGGCUGAAAUCUCCACGGGGACGCCGCCUGGACGUCCCAGAAGCCGCACCCAGAGGAGAUCCAUCUCGGGGAGGGUGGGAAGCCGGGUGGAAGGAAACUAGAUCCCGACAGCAGGGACUGAGCCAGGGUGACAAGAGGUCAGGAAGUGCCUGCUGCCUAUCCCAUCCCCCUUCCAGGCUGUGGUCAGCCUGCCCCUGCCCUGACGGCGGGGCACCUUUGGAGGCACAGAAGGGAGGAGGGUGGCUGGCCCCAGCUGGCCCACCUCUGGAACCGCCUCCUUCCUUCCCCCGCCCCUGCCGGGUGCAGGGAUGUGCGGGCUUGUCAACCCCAAGCUCAGGCUGGUUCUCGCUGCUCUCCUGUCCAGCAGGAACCCGCACCGCUGCCUGUCCUGUGUCCUGGGCUUCGGACCCGGGAUCCUGCCUGAUGUGGAGCCUGGGGAGAGAGGGCGUCUGCAGGGUCUGGCCCUCCUUCCGCUGCUGGUGAAGCUGGUGAUUCCUUGUUUUCCUCUCACCAGCUCUCCCACCACGGGAAGGGGACAGAGGGAGAGGGGGCGGCCCCCAACCCCAAAGCCCUGUGUGAGAGCAUGCGCUCACCCUUUUGCCCGUACCUGCACACUCAGAGGGGCUGGGAAUGGGUUCUGAGAGCCUAGCUAGGCCUCUGUCAUCAGAUGAGGAGCCCUAAAAAUCAGCCCAGGGGCUGUGUGUGACGGGAGAAGGACAAGAGGUGUCGUGUGAACUUCUGCCCUGCCCACAAACCCAGCUUCAGGCCACCUGGGCAUGAAGAUGGUCUCACUCAGGGUGGGGGACGCCUGAGGGCUGAGGUCGGCAGCUCUUGCGGAAAGCUGCUCGCCUCCAGCCCCGGGAAGGGAGAGUGAAGUGUCUCCAGCCACAUCUCCCUCCUUUGCCCCAGCCACGCACCAGGCAGUGAUUGUGACUCCUGGUCCCCAGUACCAAGGGAAGAGGCCACUUCUCUGCUGGGGCAGAGUUGGAGCCGGAGUCCUCAUCUCUGCUCUGCUCCGCUCUGCUCGAGUCUUCUGGAAUGGACGAACCUACCGGGAAACCAGGUCACCCUUGUUCCUGGGCUUGCCUGCCCCCCGGGGAACACAGGCGGCCCGGGCAGUAGGAGCGGUGGCCCUGAGGCUGUGGCAGCAGCAGUCGUAGCCGAGGAUGCCCCAGGCCCUGGAGUGUUCGGAGGGCUGCUGGGCCUGGAUGGUGCUUCUGGCCUCCGUGGUGACCCAGGGCCUCACCCUGGGCUUCCCCACAUGCAUCGGCAUCUUCUUCACUGAACUGCAGCGUGAGUUCCAGGCCAGCAACAGCGAGACCUCCUGGUUCCCCUCCAUCCUGACAGCCAUGCUCCACGCAGGUGGACCCUUGUGCAGCAUCCUGGUGGGGCGCUUCGGCUGCAGAGCGGUGGUGAUGCUGGGCGGCGUGCUGGCCAGCCUGGGCAUGGUGGCCGGCUCCUUCUGCUGCACCCUCGGCCAGCUCUACCUCACGGCGGGCUUCAUCACAGGCCUGGGCAUGUGCUUCAGCUUUCAGUCGAGCAUCACAGCGCUGGGAUUCUACUUCACCCGCUGGCGGGUGCUGGCCAAUGCGCUGGCCUCGGCAGGUGUCUCCCUGGGCAUCAUGCUCUGGCCACUGCUCUCCCGCUAUCUCCUGGAGGACCUGGGCUGGAGAGGCAGCUUCCUCAUCUUCGGCGGGGUUCUUCUCCACUGCUGUGUCUGUGGGGCCAUCCUGAGGCCCGUGCCUGCCAGUGUGACCCCUGAGACCAGAGAAGGCCUCCCUCCACCUCCCAAGAGACCCGCACGAGGCUGCCCGGCAGCACACGGUCGGGCCAUCGAGCGCCACCUGGCCUUGGAUGUCCUGCGGCACAACGUGGGCUACCGCGUGUACACGCUGGGAGUCGUCUGGAUGGUCGUGGGUUUCCCGCUGCCGCACGUCUUCCUGGUGCCGUAUGCCGUGUGGCACGGGGUGGAUGAACACAGGGCGGCCCUGCUCAUCUCCAUCAUUGGCUUUAGCAACAUCUUCCUGCGGCCCAUGGCUGGGCUGGCGGCAGGCCGGUGGGACUUUGCCAGUCACCGCAAGUACCUGUUCAGCCUGGCAGCCCUGCUCAACGGGCUCACCAACCUGGUGUGCGCGGCGUCAGCCGACUUCCGGGUGCUGGUGGGCUACUGCCUGGUGUACAGCGUGUCCAUGAGCGGCAUCGGCGCCCUCCUUUUCCAGGUCCUCAUGGACAUUGUCCCCAUGGACCGGUUCCCCAGCGCCCUGGGCCUCUUCACCGUCCUGGAGAGCAUCUCCAUCCUCAUCUCCCCGCCACUGGCUGGACUCCUCCUAGACACCACCAGCAACUUCAGCUAUGUUUUCUACAUGUCAAGUUUCUUCCUCAUCUCAGCUGCCCUCUUCAUGGGUGGCAGUUUCUGGGCCCUGGGGAAGAUGGAGAGGCAGGGCCCGCAGGCUGAGGUGCAAGGAGCUGUAACAGAGGCUGCCCCAGAGCAGGGCCUCACUACGGAGGACACAGACGGUCCCAAGAAGCGGCUGCGUGUGGAGAUCAUGUAUGUGACCAGCGUCUGAGCCCCG